CUCAGUUCCACUCCACGUUUUGCGUCUUUCUCUGCCCUGCCGGUGCAUCUGAUCCAAACGCAGAGCGCUUCCCAUCCACUCUACAUUCCUAAUGCAGCACAGCGUCCAGAGGAGCUUCUUUUCCUCUCGCUCCCCAGAAGUUGAGUGAAGCUGCUGGAAAACGCGCCGCCUGGCUUCAUUCCCCUGGCACCUCCGCGCUCUUCUGUCCUAGCGCAACGGAACUUCUAUCAGCUCUUGGCUGCGGGAGAUGAGCUGCUAGACCUUCUUAUCAUUAAUAGUUGAGUUCCGGUGGAUCAGUCUCUAGAAGUACCUGCGGAUCUGCUGACAGCAAGCGGGGCGCUGCAGAGGAACCCAAGGAUCUUUACAGAAGUGAACAAUGCUCAGACUAGAGACCAUCAUUUGCACUUUUUCUGUGCUGUCAAUUGCAGCGAGGGCAGAUUUUAAAGCGCGGAACUGCAGCGAGGUGAGGGAGGCUUGCCUUAGGAAAGGCUUCACCUUCGCACAUGUGCCUCAACAGGAGAUCCCAGGAGAACAUCUGCGCGUAUGUCCUCAGGGAAACACAUGUUGCACCCAAGAAAUGGAAGACACGUUUGGUCAACAGAGCAAACUGGAUUUUGAGAAUCUGCUUAAUGAAACGAGUCAUGCAUUAAGAAGCACCUUUGUCUCCAAACAUCAGAGAUUUGAUGAGUUCUUCCUGGACCUGCUGGAGAACACGGAGAGGUCUCUGAACGAGAUGUUUGUGAGGACUUAUGGGAAGCCUUACAUGCAGAACGCUGAAGUCUUUGAGAACCUCUUCUCCGAGCUGAAGCGCUAUUACACAGGAGGGAACGUCAAUCUGGAGGAAAUGCUUAACGACUUCUGGUCGCGGCUGCUGGAGCGCAUGUUCACGCUGCUCAACUCCCAGUAUGUCAUCACUGAGGACUAUCUGGAGUGCAUCAGUAAGUACAUCGACCAGCUCAAGCCCUUUGGAGACGUGCCCAGGAAGCUCAAGGCUCAGAUUACCCGUGCAUUCAUCGCUGCACGCACGUUCGUCCAAGGGCUUUCUGUUGGCCGGGAGGUGGCCCAGAGAGUGUCCAAGGUCAGCAGCACUCCAGCUUGUAUAAAAGCGUUGACAAAGAUGCUUUACUGCCCUUAUUGUCAGGGCUCAAUAGGAGUAAAACCCUGUAAGAAUUACUGCCUUAAUGUGAUGAAGGGCUGCCUUGCCAAUCAAGCUGAUCUGGAUCCAGAAUGGAACCAGUACAUCGAUGCCAUGCUGCUGGUGGCACAGAGGCUAGAAGGGCCUUUCAACAUUGAAUCUGUCAUGGAGCCCAUUGAUGUCAAGAUAUCAGAGGCCAUCAUGAAUAUGCAAGAUAACAGCGCCCAAGUCUCCUACAGGGUUUUCCAAGGCUGUGGCCAGCCAAAACCUGCAGAAAUGACGAGGUCCACUCGUGGUGUUUCGGAUGUGUUCAGCGCCCGCUUCAGGCCCUACAGCCCAGAGGAGCCGCCUCCCACUGCAGCUGGCACGAGCCUGGACAGACUGAGGAUAGUUUGGAGAACGAUGCAGCACAGUGUUGUUGACAUAAAAGAGAAACUCAAGCUCUGCAAGAAAUUUUGGUCCAACUUGCCUGAGGCGAUGUGUGUGGAAGAGAGGGUGACGGCUGGAAACGGCAGCGAGGAGGAGUGCUGGAAUGGACACACCAAGGGCAGGUAUUUUCCUGAAGUCCUGAAGGACGGCCUGACCAACCAGGUGAAUAACCCAGAGGUUGUUGUGGACAUCACGCGUCCAGACACAGUCAUCCGUCAGCAGAUUAUGGCUCUGCGGGUGAUGACCAACAAGCUGAAAAACGCCUACAACGGCAACGACAUCUCCUUUCAAGACUCAAGCGAUGAAGGCAGUGGCUCCGGCAGUGGAAGCGGCUGCACAGAGGCCUGCACCACAGACAUGUACACUACUGCAACUAAAGCCCCGGUGGUGGUGAUGAAAGCCGACCGGUCCGGGCCCGUCCAGGACUCAGCCCCUCUUUGUGCACCCUCUGUAGCCCUGCCAACCCUGCUGGCCCUCUUAGCCCUAAUGCUGCACCGACAAUGGAGAUAAUACUGGAGCAAUCGGCAGAGAACGGACAGCAGGGUUUCCUUCCUCUUCUCUUAUUUUUCUAUUCAAGCAGAUCGAAGCCCGUGUCAAGCCGACAGCCCUGAUGCUAACAGAGACAGAGAGAGUGGUCAUCCACCAUGAUUUCCCCAUGUUCCCAAAGAUCAUGCAGUGCCAUUUCUAGACUUGAUCAUUCAUGGCAUCAUUUCAACGUCUAACGCUGAUGCUGAUCCAACAAACUCUGCUUCAGAGAUUCAAAAAUAAACACAUUUAUAUUGCACAUGUGGCAAGUAUGAACAUGUGGAAAAUUAUAAUAUGCACUUUGAUUGUUUUCUCUUUUUUCUAUGGAAAAGGUUUUUGUCUGAAAAAUAUUGAAAAUGUGGUUGUUGAUGCACCUUAAAUAGGUCAAAUGAGCUUAAAAGUGUUUAUUAAUAUAUUUGAAAGGACAUGAUCAUCAUCUAAACGCCACACUGAUAGAGAAAAUAGAGAAUUCUUGCUGCUCCAUCGUGAAAUUAAAUGCGAUCAUUUUGUGAAAAGAAGCAGUCCAUCAACAUUUCUUUUUUAUUAGAUAGAAGGCAUUUUUGUGCAUUCACCACAGUCACUCAUGGUUUGUAAGAUUAUGGGUGCACUACUCCAUUCUCAAGAAUCUACACAGCCUGUUCAAGAGUGGCCUUGAGCUAAAACUCACUACAUGAGUUCUAUAUCCUCAUUUGCCUUGCAACAAAUCCAAUAUCUGCAAAAUAUCCUCAUAUCACACUAGUUUUUGUAGCUGAGCUUCAGCAGAAUCUGGACAGAGUCGUUAAAAUAUUUUUUUGUACUAAGCAGAGUGCAGCCGAUGUAUGAUUAUUUAGCUGUUUAUGAAUCAGACGGGGCUAGAUUAGUAGGGAUUACAUCAGUAUUUAACACCCAGAGGAGUGGUCCACUCAGCCUGCUUUGGACAGUGGAGAUUUUGUUCUGAAUGUUAUUGGUAAAUGAACAUUGCACUAUAAGAGCUUAUGUAUUCAACACAGUUCUGAGCUGCUGUAAACUUAUUUAUAAUUUGGGGCUUAUAUUGUUUGUGCUGCGUCCUCAGAAUCUCUAUUAUUCAUUUCAUAACUACAGAAAAAAGACAUAAAAACUGAAUUUUGCUAACUCAGUCACAGCCACUACAGUAAGUUUCUGGAAGGGUGGAAGGCCAGAUAAGAACACCCCUUUCAGGACUUUGCUAAAACGUCAGCAUAUCGCAAAGGUUUCAGCAGAGACCGACAUCACCGAUCUGCGUCAAAAUGUGUCCAGGACAUUAAUAAUAUUUUAAAAGUCUUAUUCUGUCAAAGUAUGGUGUAAUUUAAAUCACUCGGGAUGGGGAGAGUGGCUGUGUGACGUAAAAAGCAGCGUUAAUGACCAGCGGAAGCGUCAUAAAUCACGGCACUCUGUCAGAAAGUGGCAUGAAUUACGACAUCGUGGAGGAAUUUCAGCCACAUUUUUCAUUGUUCUGAGUUUAGAAAGAGCAAAUUGGUAGCAGCUUUAACGCUACUUAUUUUAUUAUCCUUUUAUUUUGCUUCGCCAGCCACUCUUCCAAUUUUACAAAUACCAGUUGUUUGGCAAUGUCUGCUGAUGUCACUUCCUACUGAGUUACAACCAGUCAGCUUAAGGCAACAACCGGUCCCGCCUGUCAACUAAGUCUCCUCCCUUUCCGGUCGGCUCAUGGGUUCCCGGAAGAACGAAAAAAUGAAUGUAAGUCAACGGGGCUAAAAGAGCUAUUUUCUAAUCUGCUUUGCCUUAGACCCUGGAUCACACAUAUGCUGUACUGCAAUUUAAAUGAAAACUAAUGAUGGGUGUUUCGACCAUACCUGUCAUGUACUUUGAGAUUUAUCAGCUUGUAAAAGUUUGUAAUUAGCAUAUCGACACGCCGCAUAUAUGACGUCACCACAGAAUCUCUUCUCCUCUAGCGUAGCUACUACUUACCACAUGGUCAGAUUUAUGGUGGUUUUCCCUCCUGAAGGAAGGAUUUUAAGUUUGCUAAACUUACAGCCAUUUUCCCUCUGCUUUUCUCCGUGUCUGGUUCGAUGAUGUCACUUUCGUGAUGCGCAUUUGUAGUCCUGGACGUGUUUUCUCACAAAACCUAAAAUAACGUUUCCCCCAUUUGAAAUUAAGUGCGUUCUUGGUAUCAAAAUGCAUAUUUAAAAUUCACGGACAUCAUAUGUGAAAUCCAUGGCACAUAACAUGCGCAAUUAGAAAAUAGCCCCAUUGACUUGCAUUUGUUUUUUUUUUUGUUAUCCCAGGGCCCCAUGGUCUGGAAGUAGAUGGGUGUGACUUAGGCUCCCUAUACCCUAGUUCAUGUAUUGGGUUGGUCCCUGCUCUAAAAGUUGUCCUUUCUGGCCAGCUUGGUAAAAAGUAACACAUGCGUACCAUGAAGGUUCGGGAAAAUAGUCCUUAAGUUUCGGGGGAAAAAUGUAUCUCGAGGUUCAGCUCUUUAGCUUUUUUGUGGAAAGGUGAUAUACGUUUUAUGAUAAAUGACCCGCACUUGUAUAGUGCCUCUCAGAGUAAGAACUCCAACGCGCUAUACUAUACAGUGUAUCAUUCACCCAUUCACACCGAUGAUUCACACACAUACCCUAUAUGUUUCUGUUGAUAGGCCGCGUUGACUGACAUCAGUUGGAGAGAUCGUUUUAUUUUUACCCAGACAAAUUAAAAUGUUCUCAAAGGUUUCAUAGAACAUGACUUAGCAGAAAUCUUUACUAAGUGUCCAGGUUGCUUCCGUGAGUGCCUGAAAAACAGGACUAGUGGAAAAACGACACCUUUUUUGUGAAGUAGAAGAGCAAAACUUUAUUUAUUAGUUUAUUUAUUUCAUUUUCAGUCCUUACAUUUAAAAUUCACCUCUUAAAAUUUUCAAUUGGUUCAGUCCAGUGUUAAAAUCCUUCAUUUAUAUCAUUAUCAGGACCCAACGGCCACAUUUUGGGUGCUACACAUAGUUAGCUAGGCUGCUAAUUAAUGCUAAAAAUCACCAGAAAGUUAAAUAAGAAUCCAGAAUUCAUAGCGGCAUAAAAAAAAUAUCAUGACAUUUGGGAGGCACUUACAAGAGAGCUAGGCCUGCUGGGGCUAGCUGUUGGCUUGAAUUAAACUCAGGCUAUUCUUGGAGCUAUCUAAAGCAGGUAAAAUAUUAAUAGUUUGUCACUUUUCCACAGAAACCAACGUUAAAAUGCCUAAACUAUCUGUUUGAAUAAACUUUAACAGUAUUAAGUCAUGUUAAAAUAACAUUUUAAAAAAGAAUAAAUGCAUUUUGGUUGUUUUAGGGGGGGUGGGGGUAUUUUUUGGAGACAGCAGGAACCAGCACAUGUAUUGGUUGGUGGAAAUGCUAAGAAAGAGUCCCUGAAUUUAUCUGGAAAGCUUGAAUGGUUAUGUCUGCAGCACAGACGGGCUUGAAGCCGACCACAUUCACCUGUGAAAUGAGAAUCUGUGGGGACUGGACAGGGCUGAAUGCUUCAGUAGAGCGCACUUACAGAGAGUGUGAGUGGCCUGGCACUGCUGAGGAGCGCCUGUACUAUGUACAUUCACUGUUCUCUGAGAGCCCGUCAGGUUUGUAACUCCCUGGUCAGCUAAGCUUUCACAGCCACACAAUUAGCCUGUAUUAUGUCAUUUGUUCAGCUUUUCUUUUAUUAAAUGCAUUUACAUCCAAACUGCAAGAACAAAAACAAAAAAUACUGAGCAAACACAUAUUUCACUGAAAAUGAUUCUUUAUUAUGACUAUUGACCUCACAGGAUGCCCUUUUUAUGUUUUGUAUCAUUAAACUUUUAAUAUUUUUGCAAUAAAAUGUUUGAAAAAAACAUUGUUGUAUCAAAUCUAAACUGGUUUUUUGGAAGUGAUUGCAAACUUAAAGUCGGAUGAGUUUGUGGACUCAAUAUAUGCCUUACUGUUUUUUCGGUGCAAUUACGAUGAUUGCAUUCAUGUUUUGUUACUGUUCUUGGAAAUAAAUUGUUAUUCAAAACUUUU